AUGAGUAAAUUCACGCAUUCCGUAAAAGUUCCAACCCAAUAUAAGGCCACAGCCAAAAUAUUAAAAGUUGCCCUGGAAAAGCAAAAGUCAAUCAAAUCCCUAAUUUUCGAGGAAAAGCAUGCACGCGUUCGAAGUCUGCAAGCGGUGCUGAAGCAUUAUAGCGACAAUCGUGGUGCCGUGGACAACGCCAUUGAGGAGACGAAUCUGCUGAAGGACAAUCCCAAUCUCGACUCGGCCCUGGCUAAGGUGCUGGUGACGGAGCUUAUAUUCGGACGGGGCCAACUGAACGGCGACAGCAAACCGGUGCAAACGGUGCGCGAGUACAAGGAACGAUUGGAGAAGGCCAUAAGUGGGUCAAACAUCCAAAAGAAAGAGCCAAAUCCGCGCUAUGUUCGCGUCAAUACGAAUCUGCUCAGCAUUGCCGAAGCGUUGGAGUACCUGUCCAGCGAGGAAUGGCGGCGCAAGGAGCUGCCAGCCGAGGCAACAUAUGCGGACUUUCUGACUGCCAUCCGGGCCAUGGAAGAGGAUGAGUUCAUGACGGAUCUGCACGUCGAGGGCGUACUGAUAUUCCAUCCCAAAUGGGCACACUACUGGGCCGGCCACGACUUCGUUCACAGCAAGAAGUUCAUUCUGCAGAACAAGGCCACCAGUCUGGCUGCCGAGUUGUUGGCACCGCCAGUGGGAUCCACCGUACUGGACCUUUGCGCCGCUCCAGGCAUGAAAACGCUGCACAUGUGCAAUGUGAUGCAGAACAAGGGACGCAUUUAUGCCGUUGAACAGUCUCAGGAACGGUACAGGGCCUUGUGCGAUAUUACCAAUGAGGCGGGAUGUGAGAUUGUCACGCCCAUUCUGGGCGAUGCCUUGACCAUGGAUGCAACCCGCUGUCCGGAUGUGGAGUACAUCCUGGUGGAUCCGAGCUGCUCCGGCAAUGGCAUGCAGAGCCGUAUUAGCGUCUGCGACGAGCAGAAAGACGACAAGCGCCUUUACAAGCUGGCCGGCCUGCAGAUCAAGAUCCUUUCGCAUGCGAUGAGCGCCUUUCCCAACGUCAAGCGAAUCGCCUACUGCACGUGCUCGCUGUGGAAGGAGGAGAACGAGCAGGUGGUGCAGCGCUGCCUGCAGCUGAAUCCCUCCUUCAAAAUGCUCAGCUGCAAGAAGGCGCUGCGCAACAAGUGGCAGAACGUGGGCGACAAGGAGUACGCCAAAAUUGGCAAGAACUGCUUGUACUGCCUGCCCGACAGCGAUCUGACCGACGGCAUCUUCCUGGCACUGUUCGAGAAAAAACGCGACGGCGAAGAGGAAUAAGAAGACGGAGAGUAGACUGUUGAUCAUAUCUUUAUUUGACACAUACUUCAACUUCAUUUGUAUACAUUUUUAUAAAAAAAAUUGAAAAAAGUA